CCACAAAUUUCAUCCUAGUUAAGGAAUCCCUUUCGAAAAGCUAAAAUGGUAGACCAUAACAUGCAAUUCUGCCUCCCAAGUGGCUCUUGCUUUCAUGAUUUACUUUUAUUACUUUCAGCUGACCCUGUCUUCUCUCGGAGUAGUCUUGUGAUUUCUGUACCUUUGUACGUAUGCCAUUCUUGGAAAUUCAAAGCUCAGUCCCUACUUCGAUUAUCUACUAACUAUAUGAUUUCAUUUAUAUUCUUCAAUUUGUUCUACUUGUAGAAAGAAAUUGCAAUGUGCUUUGAUCACCAAACCCAAACAAUAAUUAACCAGAGUCCUAUAUUUUAAGAGAAAUCAGAAAUCUACAAUACCACGAAUUUCUUCUUCGUUAAGCAGUCGCUUUUUUGCACUCCAAAAACAAAAAGCACUUCCCUUUUGAAAAGCUUAAAUGGUGUGCCGUGACAUGGAUGAUGGGCCUUUCCAGACUAAUGGUCUUCUUCUUCAACUUUUAUUGAGAGUGGUUCAGAGCAUAUUGUAGCAAACAAAGUGUUAUCGCUGGGAGUUGCUCAUCUCUGAAAUACUACUACCUUGUAGCUUUUCUCUUCUAGGUUUCAGAACUCGAAUUACGGCUGCAGCCUGGAGAAUAGUAAAUUUUCAGUAUUGGGCGGCAACUUAACAUCCGAGUGGAGUUAAGAGGCUUUGGUUAACAGAAGUUUCCAUUCGACCAUUUUAUUGUCCAGUUUGCGUACUGAAUUUUCACAAAGAGCAUAUAACAAGGGCCGAACUUUUACCUGUGUACCAUCCAUGGCUAAUACAUCCAUGAACAGUAUUAGCUUCAAGGCACUGGUGGACAAGCGGAGCAACAAAGUUAUCUUCAUAGAAACUGAUAAUGAUUUUGUUGAUGUACUCUUCAGUUUCUUGACAAUACCAAUGGGAACAAUCAUCAGACUUGCCCGUAAACAUUCAUUACCAGUGGAAACAGGUUGCAUGAACAAUUUGUAUGCAAGUGUUGAAAAUAUUGAUGCACGUAUUUUCCAGACUGGAGCAUGUAAAGACAUGUUGCUGUGUCCUCGCAGUGGGGCUGAACUUCAUUGCAAGAAUCUCAAAUUGAAGAUUAACAAUGGUGAGCCCACACAGUACUUUUUGUGCUCUGAGGAUUGCACCUACAGAUAUAACUUAUUUAGUCAUUACAAAGAUGUUCUUUGUGAGUGUGGAGAACCCAUGGAUAAUAAGAUACCUCUUUCAGUGGGAAAGUUGAAGAAAUCCUCUUCUGCAGAUGGUGGAGUGUUCUGUAAAGGACUAACCAGAUUUAUAAUUACUGAUGAUCUAGAAGUGAUGCCACCAUCAAGUUCGGUGAUCUGUUCUUUAUUUACUAAGCUUAAAGUCAUGGAUGCUAGUACUACUGAGGAGCUGGCUUUCAAUGUAGGAGUUGGUGAGGUUUUGGAAAUGCUUGUAUGCUCAUUAGUAUCAAAGAUGCCUUUGUCAGAAACUCUUUUGAAGCUUAAAUCACAACCAAACUUGAGCAAUGAAUAUCCAAAUCAAGGAAUAUGUAUUGAACCUCAAACAGUAGGAGGCUGUAUGAAUGAGGAAGACACCAUUUCUGUGAAGCUUAUUAUUUGCAAAUCUCAGAAGAUUGUUUGUUAUGCAGAAGCAGGGGAAGAUUUUGUCAAUUUACUUUUCAGUUUCCUGACCGUUCCACUUGGGUUUAUAAUAAAACAGAUCCAGGAUAGGUCGUCCUCUUUGAAAGGAAGCAUUGAGCAGCUGUACAAGACUGUCCAGGAUCUUGAUGAUGAAUUCUUCAAAUCAAAUUACCAGAAGGAAAUUUUACUCAAUCCGAAGCUUUACCCUGGUUUUUGCUAUGAGAACCGUCUUUUAGGAAUUGAGUAUGUGAAAACACUAGAUGGAACACUAAAUGAAAUUCGGUGA